AACUCCUGAAUUAUUUCAGAGCUCUUAAAUGUCAACAAGGACCCCGUUCUUAUCAUUUUCUUUACCAUCCUCAGCAUCUUUGUGCUCAAAAUAGAUUCCUCCAUUUUCUGUGGUUACAGGAUGGCUGCAGCUGCUCCGGGCAGCACAUUGAUAGGAGGAGGAAGAAAUCUGCAUGGUUUUAAGAACAAAGGAACUCUUCCCAAAAGCCCUUUCACUGUGGUCCCCUAAAAGCUCAGUGACCAGAAUUGCUUCACAUGCCCAGGUUUAAACCAGUCACCAGAGAGAGGGGUUCGGAUCACCAUGAUUCACUAGACCCAUCAGGAUCCACUAUCUAGGGCUGGGACCAGCAGCUCUGGAAGCACAUAGCAGAGUGGAAGGAGGAUGGAUACUUGCAGAUAUGGGAAGAUGAAGAGCUGUUAUAAAAUGAAAAAAGCAAGAUACAAGAGUAAAGGGAUGGUUUCUUCUGGACAAUUAUUUGCCUACCUUUAUCUGCUCUAUCAUAUACUUAUUAAUAGUAUGGCUGGGACCGAAAUACAUGAGGAAUAGACAGCCGUUCUCUUGCCGGGGAAUUUUAGUGGUUUAUAACCUUGGACUCACGUUGCUGUCCCUCUAUAUGUUCUAUGAGUUAGUGACAGGAGUAUGGGAAGGUAAAUACAACUUCUUCUGUCAGGGAACACGCAGCGCGGGAGAAUCAGACAUGAAGAUCAUCCGUGUCCUCUGGUGGUAUUACUUCUCCAAACUCAUAGAAUUUAUGGACACCUUCUUCUUCAUUUUACGCAAGAACAACCACCAGAUCACAGUCCUGCAUGUGUACCACCACGUCUCCAUGCUGAACAUCUGGUGGUUUGUGAUGAACUGGGUGCCCUGCGGCCACUGUUACUUUGGUGCCACACUUAACAGCUUCAUCCACGUCCUCAUGUACUCAUACUAUGGUCUGUCAUCUGUCCCUUCCAUGCGUCCGUAUCUCUGGUGGAAGAAGUACAUCACUCAGGGGCAGCUGCUCCAGUUUGUGCUGACAAUCAUCCAGACCAGCUGUGGCGUCAUCUGGCCUUGCGCGUUCCCUCUCGGUUGGUUAUAUUUCCAGAUUGGAUACAUGAUUUCUCUGAUUGUUCUUUUCACAAAUUUCUACAUUCAGGUAAAUCUCACUUUCCUCUGAUGGUUGGUAUCUGGGGCCGUUUCCGACCAGCGCACUCACCGUUCACGCACACACCCACAUGG